GGACCACAACAGAGAGAGAGAGAGAGAGAGAAGGAGAGAGACGUCCUGCUCCCACAGCAGGUUUAAAAGCAGGAUCAGGAGGCGCCUUUUGAUUUCCUCUCUCUUAUCUGUCCGGGAGGAAGGAUGAGGGAGUCCUGCUGACACCACGGAGAGGUCCAGGCAGACACCGAGCAUGGCUGUGGACGCGGCGUCCAGCUUCAGUUUUUGCCGUGCCUCCCUGGAGCACACGGUGUCUGCUGAGGAGCUUAGCUACCAGCUGCCGCGUCGCGCCGGAGGCAGCAACCUGACCUGGCACGACAGCCGCGGCCAGAAGACUGCGCACACACGCACCGUCAAACUGCUGCAGCAGCCGGGCACCGAGGGCAUCCAGCUGCAUCCAGGUGAGGCGUUCGCAGUCUACCACACCAGUCCUACGCUGUCCAGUCUGUCCAAACCGGUGGUACUGUGGACUCAACAAGAUGUCUGCAAGUGGCUAAAGAAACACUGUCCUCACAACUACCUGACCUACGUAGAAGCGUUCUCCCACCACGCCAUCACAGGACGGGCGUUGCUGCGUUUGAAUGGAGAAAAGCUAGAGAGGAUGGGAAUAGUCCAGGACACUCUGAGGCAGGAGGUGCUCCAACAGGUCCUCCAGCUGCAGGUCAGAGAGGAGGUUCGCAACUUGCAGCUCCUUAGCAGAGCCUCCUUUGGAAAUUUCUCCUAGCUCAUCCCUGGAUCUGUUUGGCAGCCCCCUUCCCCUCGUCCCCUGUCACAAUCCGUCUCUAGGAGCCGCAGAAGAGCUGCUAUCUUCAGAUAUGUGAGCGGAGAACCAACGAGUGAAAGGCGAAGAGGACRGGCCUAUAGACUGCAUGCCAACUGGUCCGGGGGAUUCUCAUUCAAACACGGCCAAUCUGGUUUACGGGCACAGAGACGGAGACAAAGCCCCCUGUUCAAGGCGGGGAUACCUUCGCAAACAUAUUAAUGCGAUGAAAGAUCCACCACUCUAAUGUGAGUGGAGCCUUUAAACCCAGUGAUGUGGAUAAUUCUUUCAGAUUUGGGAGAGUUUCAUUUCAUGAGUUUAAGCUGAAUGUCAACGCUACAAUAAAACUUUUUGUAUUGUGAAUAUUCUCUGAUACCAGUGAGAAAUUAGACCUUUAUAUAUAAACGUGUGUGGUAGAGUAACAUGUAACAUAGACUUUAAUCUGUGUAUCUUUAGUGUUUAUUGGUGGAAAAUUAAGAGAUUUUGUAGAGUUAAAAUGAUACUCACUGACUGUUUAUGCCUGAUGAAGCAAUAAUUUGAACAGGGCAUGGGUAAAGGAUAAUGUGUGUGAUAUUGGAAGGUGUUUGCAAAGAGACAUGAUGUAAUGUGCAUUUUAAAGUCUGUGCCAUCUGUCUCUCACCGACACUAGAGGAAAGGACACGCCUCUGUUGUAUUCUGUCCUCUUCCCGUCUCCUGACGUGACACUGAAGUUCUCAGUGCUCAUAAAUUAAAACGGCAAACUGUGACAGCAAACCAGAUGCAAAGACUCCCAACGUGGCUGACGCCAGAAACUUGGAUGUAACCUCAAGGCAGCAACGAACGGCUAUUGUGUGGAUGAUGAUAUUCGUGUGUCAUAAAUAAAAUAACGACAAACAAACAUCCUUUAAGCAACACCUGCUCAUCCAGCCUUCCUCUGUCUAUCGUCUGAUGAGGAGCCGUUGGAUGGUGUGUGAGCUGCUGACUGUUCUGAUAAGAAAACACACUGUGGUAUUUUUAGAUUAUUUGAUGUACUGUAAAUAUAAUCACUUUUGAUUUACUUGGACUGAACGUGGAUGAACUGUUUGAAAUGUAAGAAAAGUUAAAUAAAAAAUGUUCAUUCACUUUACAGAUUCAAUAUUAUGUACAGCAUAUGAGGAACAUAAUGGAAAGUGUCUUUUUUGAAUAAACCUAAUACGAUGAUGA